UUAGGUAACACUGAUUGUGUUGGAGGGAAAUUUGUAUAGAUUUUCGCGCAAUAUCAAUUGUUUCUUUGUUAUUCACUUUUUGGAAAGUGGUCAAAAUGAUGUCAUCUUCCCCAGCUAUAUCUUCUCCGAUCAUAAGUCAUGCAAAGAAAAUGGGCAAUAUUCAGGUUAUCUUUGGACCCAUGUUUUCUGGUAAAACAACAGAGUUGAUGAGGAGAAUGAAGCGCUACCAGAUUGCCAACUACAGCUGUCUAGUGGUCAAGUAUGCGAAAGAUAUCCGCUAUGAUAAGGAAAACAUUGCAACACAUGACAGACAAACACUUCCAGCAGUAGCAGCUACAAAACUAGCAGACCUGGAGGAAGAGGCUCUACAGUACGAAAUCAUUGGCAUCGACGAGGGACAGUUUUUCCCAGAUGUUGUGUCGUUCUGUGAUGAGAUGGCAGACAAAGGCAAGGUGGUCAUUGUUGCAGCAUUAGAUGGAACAUUCCAGAGAAAGGGAUUUGGAAACAUCUUGAAUCUGGUUCCACUGGCAGAAAAUGUAAUCAAGCUGUCUGCAGUGUGCAUGACAUGUAAUUCUGAUGGUUACUUCACAAAAAGAAUGACCACUGACCAGUCGGUAGAAGUGAUAGGAGGGGCUGACAUGUAUCGGGCAGUUUGUAGAGACUGCUUCAAAUCUCCUACCAAAAAAUCUCCACGGAAGUCCCCAAUGGUCUCCCCAUACAAGUUGAAAUCCCCAGUCAAGUCUGCGACCUCUUUACAGCGAGGUACCCCCACCCUCCAGGAAGAACGAUCCCUCAAAGACCUGACUGGAAGCAUCAACCGCCAGCUCACAUUUACCGCACCACCAAGAAUCUAACCAGACUUGACAGUAUUACCAUUUAUCUAUGCAUCGACACUCUUCAGUGAUAUUUUCAUUAUUUUAUCACUUCUAUUUCAAAUAUUGUUCCAUAUUUUCAUAAUUCGCAAAUAUACCUCUCAGCUCAAUUUGUAUUAACUAUGUUAACUGUUGACCAAUUUUUUAAGCUUUUUAUAUUUUACAUUAAUUGAAAAUCAACUUUUUUCUGAUAGAAUUAGUUUAAAUUUUAGCCCUGUCUUUAGCAAGCUAUUCCUUUUAUUAACUAAUUUAGCAUAGAUUUUAAAGGUGUGGAUUAUUACAUAGAAUUUUUAUUUAUCUGUGUAGAUAAUAUACUACAUUAUUUGUAGUGUCAUAGUGUCUGUUACAUUCAAAAUCAGUUACAAUUCCAACUUCAUUGAUGAAAAUGUAGAAAAACAACCUGAAUAUGUUUACUUUUAUCUCAAUAUUUAUUGAAACUAGAACACUUAAGCAACAGAAAACUGAUAGUGGGUCAUUUGUAAUCACAUACACAAUGUCUGAACUGGUCAAGUUAAGGAAGGUUUAGUUUUAAUGCAUCAGAUACGUUAAAUAAUGAUAAUUCUUUAGUCAAAAGUGGACUUCGUUAUUUAAUACCAAGUUUUAAUUGAAAUUUAGAAACAUUAAUUUAUUAUAAUCAAAAUCGGAUAUGUUUUGUUUAGGUUUGAGGCAUGUCAUUAUGCUUUCAAUUAAAACAUAACUAAUAUUUCGACAACUUUAAAAUUUCAAUUUAUAUAACAUAUCUGUCAUUCCUCAUAUAUCCUAAUAUAAUCCACACAAUAUAAAGUCAUUUUUAUAAGUAUUACACGCUAACUUUCUCAGUUGAUUUGUAUAAAUUGAUUAAUGUUUCUAGAUAUCUAAAAAUAUAUUUUACGUGAAUCUUAGGUCACUAAAAUUUUAACGUAUCUGAUGGAAAACAUCAUUGACUUAAUAACAUAGUAAACUGACAACAAAGUUAAAAUUAACAGCAUAAACCAACAUCAUCAACUGUAUCCAUAAUUGUUAAAUCAUUUUUAUACCACAACUACAUACAUUAUCGCAGUUUAAGGUGCAUAUAACUAUAACUAUAUGAGAAUAUUUGAAUAUAGUGAUAAUUCUCAUAUAAUUGUGAAAAUAAUAGGAACGUUUAAACGUCGAAACAACAAUUAUUUAUCAUCAGCAAUUAAGGCGACAUCAUCAUUGUUCAAUCGGUAUUGCCUCUUGGUCUUGCCAUAGGGGGAAGGUUCUUCUAUUGUAGAUAUGAUGUCUUCGAAGUUAACCCACAAGUCAUCAGCUCUUGAGGGCCAUCUGAAAAGCAGCAUCGGACCUUUGCCUCGGGUCUUUUCCAUAAAUGAAACAUGGCAUCCUUAGAAUUGCAGUCAACCUCUAAGACUUUUCCCACGUAAAUUUUUCUGUCAUAUAUGGCCAGAACAAACGUUCCAACUGCAGGGACAUGCUUCUGCCCAUUAGAUGUUUCAUUUUCAGGUUUGUUGUUUUGAACUGUUUCCCAGUGCAUGCAUGGGUCAUUUGCCAAACACCGAGCGCAAUAGCAAGAUGUAGUAGCUGUGUAAAACUGAUUUCUUACAUGAAUGAUCGCAUGGAGCUUCAUUGUUCCAGGGAUUGCUUUCGAUUUGUCUUCGUUAAGUUCAGUUGCACUGUUAUCGUACUCAGUUUGUGAGUAGAAUUUGUACUUAAUGCUUUUUUGGUUUGCCUUUGCCCAGUUAAAAAAGUCUAGCAUUUUGUAUUGUCGCCCUUCCUUAUUUGCAGGCAUUGCCAGCUUGUUUUUUUGCAACACCCCCUAGUCCAUCACAUGGCCCUUUGCCAUGUCCGCAUUAGUAAUAGUUCCAUCGAGCUUCAGUGCCAAAUAGUUCUUUGUGCUUUGUCAGGAGGUUGAAUAUAUACCUAUUUUGGUACUGUGACGAUGGACUAUCAGUCCAGUAGUGGACCAUUGUUGUGGAGGGUAACAUCUCUUUAAUGCAGGGAACGAGACCUUUCAGGAUAGUGUACACAGCUGUAGCAUUAUGGUUGCCAACAUCGGAAAUAAAGAUGUAAUUCAUAUGUUCAUCGGAGUCGUCUUUGUAAUAUACGACUACUGGAUGAAGUGUCACAGAUGCAGCAUUCCAGUAGGCGCUUUGAAUCUCAUCCAUGUUCCCACAUGUAAAAUUUUCAGCAAAAUCCAUGUUUACUAUUACAUGAUUCGGUGGCAAGUUUGCUUUCAAUUGUUUCAGUGCUUCAUACUGAGAUCUUACCCUCCCAACAUGGCCCAGAAAAUCAUCAUAUUCAUUUCUCAUCAUACUUGAAAUUCUACUUUUUCCAUUUCCACCUUUACAAUCUUCAUCCUCUUCUUGCUGUCAUCAUCAUCAUUCACCCUUUGCCACUUUUCAAAUGUAACCUUUUCUGAAUCGUCUAGUUUGGACAAAAUAUCCAUCAUUCCAUCCAUGUUUAUAGUUUUCCCUACUGUUUCAGGGUUGGGCAAUAUUUCUAGUUUUGCCGAUCUCAUCGCUUUUAACUUCAUUGCAAAGUUUUGGUGUUUGCUACAGAGGCAAGUAUUUCUAGAAAUCAAGUUUGUCAACAGUAUAUAUGUUGGUCUGAACCUGCUGAAUACUGACUUUGACAGCUUCUCUGUUGGAUUUUCAGCUUUGUAUAUCUCAUAUAUGUUUCCUAGAUAAUCAUUUAGGAUGCGCACUUGUCUCUGUUCACCUUCAUAAGUUUUGCAGUCUUUCUUCCCAGGCAUCUGGAUACUAACAUCGUCUCUUUCCAUGAACUGAAUGACUUUUGUCUUGAUCAUGUUUCUCUCUUUUUCAAGGCGCUUUCGUACUAUAGGGUUGACCUGUUUGGUGUUUGUCUUACUCAUGCCCUUUCUACCAAGACCAGUCUGUUUUCGGACAGUGUCUAGACACUUGUACUUUUUCAAUAUUUUGCCAAUUAUCACUCUCAUAAUCACUCCUCUCUCUGACUGAGAUUUCGUCUUCUGUACUGCAUCUCUUACUUCAGCAAGAAUAGCAUUUGACAUCUCAAGUUUUUUCACUACUUUUCUCGAACGACUCUUUAUUCAAAGGAUAUUUAAGUCAUGCUUCGUUUGUGAUCUAGGCGUCAUUUGAUUUCCUUUAUCAUCAGACCGUACUGAUGACAUACCAGCUGAUGUAUUGGGCUUUCUUUUUUAUUCUUUCAAUCUCUGAAAUCUUUUCUGCAGUGUUUUCUUUUCUCUCUUUAGCUCAUUUACCUUGUUCAUAAGUGAACAUACCUUGUAGCUUGCUUGUCGCAAACAUUUAGACCUUUUUAUCUUCUGGCCUGAUUUUUUCUUUUGAAAUUGAGCUUUACUGUCAUUUUCUGUAGUAACGUUGUCUGACUUUGAUUUUCUUGGCAUUGUUCUACCGUAAUACAAGUAUCAGUCGAACUUGAUACUGUUGGAACUUGUUCUGAGAUCAAUUCCUGGCUUGAUUGGUUUAUUCAAUGUGGAUUUAAUCUUUAAUUUGGCUCUGUAUCUUUUACUGUACUCUUUAUUUCUAUGCCUUAUUGCUGAUUGUUCUCUCUUACUCGUUUUGGAUAUCGACACUCUGUUUCCUUUAGCUCUUAUACGCUCUGAGUUCAGAUAGUUAGGAUCCUUCUUCUUUUUUCUUUCUCUAUAUUCUCUCUGAUACUCGGCUCUACUUUUGGUCAUCUUUGACCUAGACAAAUAUCAAAAGUAAAGGUUAAAGAAUAAAAUUGUACUUGCGACAUACAACACUAGGAAUUCCAACGGCAUUGUAACAUUUUGGAGACGAUACAACACUAUUUUUUUCCUCAGUUUGCUCGAACAAGAACAAUCAUCAGAUACGUUAACAAAAUCAUCAAAUACGUUAACAUUGUUUGAGAGGCUUUUUCAUAGGAACGACAGUGAUUAUUUUAUUAAUAACCCACUAGAUGUAGUAAAUUAUAGUUUAACAAUAAAUAAUAAUGUCAAAGUAUGUGAAAUUCAAUAAAAGCUUGUUUCACUUAACCUCUGUAUAAAGACGAAUUCACCAAAAUGACCUGUUCAACGUGUAUGUUUUAAUAUUCAGACAUCUUGUUGAUUACGUCAUCAUUUGGGAUACGUAUGACAUUUAAAAAAACAGUUGAAAUAAUUCACGAAUACUAAAAAAACGGAAAAUCGAUGAGAUAAGAUGAUCUGUGUUUUGUUGUUAACGUAUUUGAUGAAAACGUAUCUGAUGCGCAUAAUUUGUAUAAUGCUUAUUUUUUUCUAAUUUUUCUAUAUCAUUUUUACUUCUUAUAUGUUUUCAAAGGUAUACAUAUAUACUUACAAAUCGCCGACAUUUAGGACUGGUGACAGUCAAGUUGUUGUCACAAAUAGCAUUAACAGCUUAACAUAUCUGAUGCGUUUUGACUGUCUGACUGGCACUUUUAUGGAUUUGGCAUCAUCGUGUGAACAAAACAUAAAUCAUGCCAUGUAUUUUAACUUUUAUUAUGUUAGUUCAUACCUUCAGUACUAUAAUACGCCAUAUCAUAAUAUUCUAUGUUUAUAUUGUGCAAUAAAUUUUGUAUUGUGAAAAGCGUUAACGUAUCUGAUGUAAAUUGGCGACACGCAACUUUUUGCAAUUUUGAAUGUAUCGGUAAUGUGUUUUGAACGAGGGUUUGAGAAUUGAUAAAUUAAAACAGUUAUGUAUAAAAUACACCACAGAAAUAACAUUUUUCAUACAUUUUGUCAAUACUAACGCUACUUGAAUAAUAGGACUAUCAAUGGCGACACACCCAAAAUGGCCAACAUGGCAUGCUUUAAGCAAGAAAACUCAAUAACUAGCAAACACUUUAUCAUUUUUUUUUACUUUCCGAGGGAGCUUGACCCUAAAGUUAAUAAAUUAACACCAAUAAGUAGUAUAUGGUUAGAAUAAAAUGCCGGACAGGACUGGCGACAGCUAUUUUUUAAAGUUGGAAUUUUAACUGAUUUUUAAUGUGUUAAUGUAUUGUAUCCAUUCUUGUAAUAUACCCAUUAUUGUGCUGUUUUGCAUACUGUUCAUGAUUUUAUCACCUGCAUGUGUUCAUUAGUGUGAUCUGAUGUCACACAUAACUUUUUGUUAAUAUCCAAUUAUUUCACAUGUUAAAUGUUUGUUUUCGCUAUCUAAAGCGUGUGGCUCUUACCCUGUUUUACAACUAUCAAAUGGACCAGAAGACCAGGACUUUUCCGUAUUUUGAUAAUUUUCUGUUUUUGAAAUUACCAAAUGUGUGAUUUUAUAGUGAAGAACUGGUACCAAAUAAAGUACAUUAAGUUGAUGGAUUAAUGUUUACUCUUGAACUGCAAUAUCAUUUGGAUAAAAAUCAUGAAUAAAUGGUAUUAUUUUGCUCUUCCAGCACUGCAAAUCUUUAUUCUAUAGACUGGCAUAACAUGGAGGAAUUCACUAGCAUUUAUUAUUAAAGCAUUUCUUUUGAUAAUUGCCAUGUUUCGUCAAACCAUAGUUUGUGUCAUGUGCAGUGAUAAUUUAUUUUACUAUUAAUGUAUAAUGUUCAGUCUUUUAGGCACAGUAAGUCACAUUUAUGCCUGUUUUAUGUGUUCAUACAAUUAAAUGUGCUUAAUUUUACAAAUUUAAGGGUAUCUAUUACGAAUGACUUAUGUAUUUGUAUAUUAUUUUACUUUGUUAUAAAGGUAUCC